GAUUCUGGUGUUUUUUUCCCCUGUGACAUGUGCUUUAGUUGCAGCGAAAAGGAAAUGUGUCAUCAUCUGUGGUUUGGUUCGAAAAGUGGAAAGCUAGCGGUGCAUGCCCUUUUUUGCUUCAGAUUUACUUUAACAUUCAUACUUCUCCAAGUCUGUUCUGCUUUAUAUUACUUUCAAGCUGUGCUCAAAGACAAGAAGAGAAGUGGCUUAUUAAAAUAAGGUUAUAAUCAGAUUCUGGCCAACCAUUUUGCAAGUUUGUUUAUUUGGGGAUGACAGCACAUCUGGCUGAAGACAAUCAACAGCAGGCCCAUUAUCCAUCCCGUGGUUACCCGCAUUAUCACGGACAUGAAGCACACAGGUCAUUACCUGUAUCUUGCCUUUCUGAUGACAACAGUUUUUUCUUUGUCUCCUGGGACAAGAACAAACUAUACCCAUCUGGGGGCUAACAACACUACUGUCUGGGAUCCCGAUAUUCAAAACAAGACAGGCAGAAAUCAAAAUGAAAACAGUAACAUAAACUCCACCAUUCCUAAAGUAGAUAAAAGGAGCAAUUCUACAAACAUGCCUGAAAUGGCAGCAUCUUCCACCCCUAAGUCUGAACUGGAUCUUUAUACACCUUCGGUUGCUAGGAGCAGCGCUCCGACAUUACAGAGCACUGAAAACACAAGCAAAAGCCACAGUGAAAUUUUCAAAAAAGAAGUCUGUGAGGAAAACAACAACAAAAUGGCUAUGCUGAUUUGCUUAAUUAUAAUUGCAGUGCUUUUUCUUAUCUGCACCCUUCUAUUUCUAUCCACUGUGAUUCUGGCAAACAAAGUCUCCUAUCUCAGACGUUCAAAACAAGCAGGCAAGCGCCAGCCUCGAAGCAAUGGCGAUUUUCUGGCAAGCAGUGGUCUAUGGCCUGCUGAAUCAGACACUUGGAAUAGAGCAAAACAGCUCACAGGGCCCAAUCUAAUGAUGCAAUCUGCUGGAGUGCUCACAGCUACCAGGGGGAAAAAAGAUGAAGAAGGAACUGGAAAACUCACUAACUAACAGAUGCUUUAGUGAAGAAAAAUGCAAAGUAGCAAUGGGAAACAUCAGGAAGUAAAAAUGAAUUGUUUGAUAUUUAAUGUCAACAUGUUGGUCUGACGGUCUAAAUUUUAAA